GCAUCCGCGAACGAUAGACGCGUGCGUGCUCCGAGACCGUGUCCUGUCCGUGCGUGCUAAUUUCAUUAGACGGAAAUGCAUCGGCACACGAGCGACGAAGAAAAAUAGCGAGGCCGAUGGCCGAUGUCCGAGAAAGAACGAGGCGGACAGCGUUCGAGAUACCGAUGUACGAUCGGACGGCUAAUUACCGAAGCGUCGACCCCGAUAGUCGAGAGCCACUUGGACGGAACGCGGCUGGGAUUUUGGCGUCGCCGACGCUCGUAAACGGUGAUUCGUUUCUAUUCUGUUAGGAGAAUCGGCCCGAAGAGGCGAUCGCGUUCGAGCUCUCGGAGGAGAUCGAGCGAAACCGGACGUCGCCUACCCGAUUCUCCGGGCCAGCCAACGAGCCGGAGAGGAACGAUGUCAUCGGGGGGACGACCUGUUACGCGGUGGUGUUGACGCGGACGAAAUAACGCUGAUCCUCGGUACGUUCGGGGGGAUCCUGCGCCGUGGAUGACCGACGGCGGAAAGAAAUUUGUCGGGGCGGCGUUUUCAUGCGAACGGGAACUGUCUGCGUGGAAACGGGCCGGCUCGCGCAACUCGAGGCGAACGCGUGAAACCUCGAAGACAUGAGGUCGUACGACGGCGAGAGCAGCUCCACGGAGGACGACGACAGGAGGGAGGGUCUUCCCGAGGCGCAUUUGCAGCAAGGAUCCUGGCAGCGGUCCGCCUCGCACCCCACAUGGGCCUGGGAGCACCGUAGCACCACCCAUCCGCUACCGCCGCAGUCCACGGCCUCGCUGGAGUCCAUGUACUCGGUGCCAGGAGCCUCUCAUCCGAGCGUUUCCGCCCCUCCGGCCGGCUACUCGUCGGAACACCCUCAGAGCGCACCUGGAAGGAGGACUCCCCUGGGCGCUGUCGGCCUCGGCGGCUUCUAUUUUCAGCAGCAACCGCAACCGCACGCCUCUUCGAGCGCUUUGUCCGAUGAAAACAGGCCCGACCAUGAAAGACCCGGCGCGUCCAGAUUGAACUGUGCGCCAAAAUCGAAGACCACCAGGCAGGGCAAGAGCAUGCGUUUGAACAUCAACGCGAGAGAGCGCAAAAGGAUGCACGAUUUGAACGACGCGCUGGACGAGCUGCGAUCCGUCAUCCCCUACGCCCACAGUCCGUCCGUGAGGAAGCUGUCCAAGAUCGCCACCCUCCUCCUGGCCAAGAACUACAUCCUCAUGCAAGGCAACGCUCUGGAGGAGCUGAGGAGAGUGAUAGCGGUCCUGCAAUCGCCGCACGCUCAUACGACCGCCCUGCCGCCCACGCCUGUCUCCUACGACCUCCUGCACGGUUUCCCCGGCAAGCUGUUCCAAGGUGUGCAGGACAUGCCGGGACUUCCGACGUCCGAUCCGCAAAGCGUCACAGCCGGAGGAGGGCCUCCGACCGACGGAGCCGUAACCAGCGGAGAAUCGAACUAGGGGAAUCCGGGCCAUCCUUUUCUUCGUUUAGUCCUAAGAUCGAACGUAACGGAUGCUCGAGACCGCUUCCCCGCGUUACGCCUAUUUUGCCGAAGAGAGCAGUUUCCCGCUCUCGCUGAACGGAAUAUCCGUUUCGUUCGAAACGAGAUUCCCACGACGAGAUCGCUGUCCGACGCGGUUAUCGGCGGGACGGCGAGCUCGAGCGGCCGCGGUUCUCCUUGUCAGGGACGGCAAGAGUAUCCAAAGAUUUCGUAUUAUAGCAUUCUAAUAGAGUUACGAAAACGGUAGAAUGUUUUACUUCGAUCGUGGACGAGAUCGUUCGAUCUUCCACGAUCCGAGGAUCGAGUUUAAGGGUUAAUCGCCUAGACUAGAUCGUUAGCCGGUAAGUUUCCAAACGAAUGGAGCCGAAAGUAUUAGAGGGGAAUUAUUUCGACGUCGACGUCUUCUGGCGCCGUUCGUUCGGAGUUCGAUAAACACGAAGUCAAUACUAGCUACUAAGGAUACAAAUUUCGAUGAAAGUAUUAGCGUUUAACGGCCAAGAAAGUAACGAAAGCCAAUGGUCUAUCGUAACCGUCACACAGCAAUAAGCAACGGCAUAUUUCUGUCUCUGGUAAAAACGGAACGUGAUUCCUAUCGAAAACCACAUUAGCACAGAGCGAGUCGAGUUUCCGACGAUUGUUUCUCUUUUUAUCGAACAAGCACGAACUGCCAGAUAGAGAGAGAGAGAGAGAGAGAGAAAGAAAGAGAGAGAAAGAGAGAAAUGAUGUGAAAGGAUCAGGAAUGUACGAGUUCCGAGUCCCGUCCGAGCAACGCGAUAGUAAAUAUAGCAUGUGAUAUACGUCGAGAUAUUAUAUAUAUAUGCGUAUAUACAUACGAACAUGAUAUAUUCUAAUCGUACAGAUCUUAAAUAUUCAUAUACAUAAUAUAAAUAUAAUUUAAUAAUUCGAAUUGAACUAUCGAUUCUACAACUUAUUUAUAUACAUGAUACGUUUACUACGACGUGGCGACAAUUUAAUCGUUUCUUUCGAUCGCGAGGAUCUAUCGGAUAAUAAGAGAGAAAGAGAGAAUGAGAGAGAGAGAGAGAGAGAGAGAGAGUGAAAAAGUAUCGAUAUAAUUUAUUGAUCUUUGCGUAUGGGUUCGUGGUCCUACGACACGAGAAAUGCUGUAACGAAGCUGUUGAACGACAAGCAAUAAUUACUACUAUUAUUUGUAUGAGAUUUCUAACGAAAGCCACGGGACGAAUAACAAUAAAAAAAAUGCGGACUAUACGACUAACGAAGAGAACAGACAAACGCGUUUGUUGUAGAGUGUAGAUAUCACUGUUUAGUGCUCGAAUAAAAUCUAUUUAAGGAGGUUA